UUUGUGUUGCCUGUGUUGUUUUAGAUUACACCCAUUUCCAAAUUCCAUCGAAGAAUCAUCCUCUUCCUCCUCCUCAACGUCCAUUUGCAAAUCCUUUCCCUUUCGCUCUUCCCGAGGCCUUACCAUCAUUUCAACACAAAAAUUUGCAGACCCUUUUCCAUUUCCCCCAUUUCUACCGCGUUUUCGAGUCUUCGAUCUCCCCAUUUCCUCGAAAUCAACGCAUUUCAUCUCUGUUCUGUUCGUCGCCUUCGAUUUCACAUCGUCAGGGUUUUGGAUCAUGGUAUGAUGUGGUUAAACCGCUGAUAGUUUACCAGUAUGGUUGGUGGUGAAGAAAAUGACUUGAACGAGCCAAGUUUAUCGAACCACCAAGAAACGACCCAGCAAGAUGUUAUAGCUGUUUCUUCCUCGUCAUCCUCUUUCUCGUCUUCUUCCUCUGAAAGCGAGUUACAUGAGACUAGGAAUGAGAAUGUCCAAUCUCAAUCUAAUGAAAACGUCUCUCGUGAACUAGUCCUAUACAACCCUUCUGCUAAUGAUGAAGGAGGUGCACAUGAACCUGUAUCCACACCUGUUAGGCACCAGCGUCCACCACUUCUUGGACACUUGACCCCAAAUUCGUCUAGAGUUUUGCGAGUAGGGGCCUUUACUGUCCAGUGUGCAAGCUGUUUUAAAUGGAGGCUCAUUCCAACAAAGGAAAAAUAUGAGGAAAUACGAGAACAUCUGCUUGAGGAACCUUUUUACUGUGAAACUGCUCGUGAGUGGCGGCCUGAUAUCUCUUGUAAUGAUCCUGCUGACAUUACUCAAGAUGAUGGCAGGCUUUGGGCAAUUGACAAGCCCAAUAUAGCACAGCCCCCUCCUGGCUGGCAAAGGCUACUACACAUCAGAGGUGAAGGAAGCACCAAGUUUGCUGAUGUGUAUUAUAUUGCACCAUCAGGUAAGAGGCUUCGUUCCAUGGUGGAUAUCCAGAAAUACCUGAUUGAACAUCCGGAGUACCAAACCGAAGGUGUUUGUAUGACACGGUUUUCAUUUCAAACCCCGAAGCCUCUGCAGGAAAAUUAUGUAAGAAAGCGUCGCGCCAAUAUGAAUGCUUCGUGUGACGGUUCUAAGCUUGAAUCUGGUGAAGUGUAUCCAAUAUCAUGGGCUCGUCCAGACAAUUCUACUGGAUUGCAGCUUGGAAGGCCAGGGCUCUCGGAACUGUUUCCGACUGCACCAGUCGACAAUCGGGUCAGUCAACCAGCAAAGAAGGCGAAAAGAGCUGUAACAAAGGAGAUGCAUAGUUCUCUCGCAUCGACCGAACCUCCUGAUUUAUCGUUAGAACGUUACUUCAAUGAAUACAAAAAGUAAUACUGGUGAGAACAGGUUGGUUCCAUCAAAGUGGAAGUGGAGACGUAGCUCAGAAAGAUGUCAAAUGGAGGAAUUUUGGAAAGGAAACUAUGACAGAAUAUGUAUAUUAUCAUACCCUUAUUGGGUAAUUUUGGUCGUCGUGUGUGAGAUCGAGAUUCGAACCUUUGUACUUCUAGUUUCACUUUCUAUACUUCUCUUUCAAACAAAUCGACCCUAUCCAUCUAUUUAGUUUCGGUUUGAAAGGAACUCGUAGAUUGCUCCGA